UACCCAGGUGCGCGCCGGCGGGCGGCACAGAGCGGGCGGUGGACGCCGGCACCGCAUCCCUCCGCCGCCGCUCCCCCCUUUUCCCGGAGGAAGGAAAGGGAAGAAGGACUCAAUCCCGUUAUUCGCUACCGCGGUGGGAUCCGCGGAUGCGCCGCGAAGGGCAGUCCCCGGGGGAGAGCCGCCGGUAGCCGGGACACUUAAAGCACCUUGGAUGAAUCAUAACCCCAGUCAAGUAUUACUCGUACUGCAGCUUGCAUAGCUUAAUAUUUACUGAAGAGGAACCUCUGCAGACGCUGAUCUGCAGAAGAUUCUGGAACACAGAGGAGCAGCUGAGAGCCUUCAGAGCAUUUCUUGUCUUCUCUAAACUCAGAAAAUCAUCUUUCACCUUCUGGAUGUCCAAGCCUUUCACCUUAAACUUUCAACUUUCCAUUUUCUGCCUGAUAACAAAUUACCCUCUCGAUCUGCUGCUGUUCUGAGGGGCUAGGGAGCUGAGCUCACUAGCUGCCCAGGAUGGCGAAGCUCAGAGUUGUUUUAACUGUUUGCCAGUUGGUGCUAGAAUUGCUAAUGAAUUCAUUAACUGAGUCUUCCAUACAGAGCAACGAAUGUCCGCAGCUUUGUGUAUGUGAAAUCAGGCCGUGGUUCACACCCCAGUCAACGUACAGGGAAGCCACAACAGUUGACUGCAAUGACCUUCGAUUAACAAAAAUCCCCAGCAAUCUUUCCAGUGACACUCAAGUCCUUCUGUUACAAAGCAACAACAUUGCAAAGACCACAGAUGAACUCCAACAGCUCUUUAAUUUAACAGAAUUGGAUUUUUCACAAAAUAACUUCACAAGUAUCAAAGAUGUGGGGCUCUCGAAUCUCACUCAACUUACUACUUUGCACCUGGAGGAAAACCAGAUAACGGAGAUGACUGACUACUGCUUGCAAGACCUUUGCAACCUUCAGGAGCUAUAUAUAAAUCACAACCAGAUCAGCAGCAUUUCUGCAAAUGCAUUCUCCGGCCUGAAGAAUCUUUUGAGAUUACAUCUCAACUCCAACAAAUUAAAGGUUAUUGACAGUCGCUGGUUUGAUUCUACUCCUAACUUAGAGAUUCUCAUGAUUGGAGAAAAUCCAGUGAUUGGAAUACUAGAUAUGAAUUUCAAACCGCUCUCAAAUUUAAGGAGUCUAGUUUUGGCAGGUAUGUAUCUCACAGACAUUCCUGGCAACGCCUUGGUAGGCCUGGAUAGUCUUGAAAGUCUUUCCUUCUAUGACAACAAGUUGGUAAAAGUCCCUCAGCUUGCACUUGAGAAAGUUCCAAAUUUAAAAUUCCUGGAUCUCAACAAAAAUCCAAUUCAUAAAAUUCAAGAAGGUGAUUUUAAAAACAUGCUCAGAUUGAAAGAGCUUGGAAUCAAUAAUAUGGGAGAACUCGUUUCUGUUGAUAGGUACGCGCUGGACAACCUACCUGAACUUACAAAGCUUGAAGCCACCAACAAUCCAAAGCUGUCUUACAUUCAUCGUUUGGCAUUUCGCAACGUUCCUGCCCUGGAGAGCUUGAUGCUGAACAACAAUGCCUUGAAUGCAGUCUACCAAAAGACCGUGGAAUCCCUUCCAAACCUACGUGAGAUCAGUAUCCACAGUAACCCGCUCAGGUGCGACUGUGUCAUUCACUGGAUCAACUCCAACAAAACCAAUAUCCGUUUCAUGGAACCUCUAUCCAUGUUUUGCGCUAUGCCUCCAGAAUACAGAGGACAGCAGGUGAAGGAAGUCUUAAUACAGGAUUCAAACGAACAAUGUCUUCCAAUGAUCUCUCAUGAGACCUUUCCAAAUCACUUAAACUUGGACGUCGGCAUGACGGUGUUUUUAGAUUGUCGGGCCAUGGCAGAACCCGAGCCAGAAAUUUACUGGGUCACUCCUCUGGGCAAUAAAGUAACUGUUGAAAGUCUCUCUGAUAAAUACAAGCUGAGCAGCGAAGGUACCUUGGAAAUCUCUAACAUCCAGGUUGAAGACUCUGGGAGAUACACCUGCGUUGCCCAAAACAUAGAAGGGGCUGACACGAGGGUUGCUACUAUCCGGGUGAACGGAACGCUUCUGGAUGGUACCCAGGUUCUGAAAAUCUACGUUAAGCAAGCUGAAUCACAUUCCAUCUUAGUUUCUUGGAAAGUUAAUUCCAACGUCAUGACUUCCAAUUUAAAAUGGUCAUCGGCCACUAUGAAGAUUGACAACCCUCACAUUACGUACACUGCCAGGGUCCCGGUUGAUGUACAUGAAUAUAACCUCACGCAUUUACAACCAUCUACAGAUUACGAAGUGUGUCUAACCGUCUCCAAUAUCCAUCAGCAAACACAGAAGUCCUGCGUUAACGUUACAACAAAAAACGCAGCUUUUGCGCUAGAUAUUUCAGACCAAGAAACCAGCACUGCCCUCGCAGCAGUGAUGGGAUCCAUGUUUGCCGUCAUUAGCCUCGCCUCCAUUUCUGUUUAUAUCGCAAAAAGAUUUAAGAGAAAAAACUACCACCACUCAUUGAAAAAAUAUAUGCAAAAGACCUCUUCUAUCCCACUGAAUGAGCUCUACCCUCCACUAAUUAAUCUCUGGGAAGGUGACAGUGACAAAGACAAGGAUGGUUCUGCAGAGACCAAGCCAACCCAAGUCGACACAUCCAGAAGCUAUUACAUGUGGUAACUCAGAGGAUAUUUUGCUUCUGGUAGUAAGGAGCACAAAGACUUUUUUGCUUUAUUCUGCAAAAAUGAGAAGUUGAAGACUUUUGUAUUUUUGACUUUGCUAGUUUGUGGCAGAGCGGUGAGGACAGGUGGAUAUUUCAGAAUUUUUUAGUAUAGCGUAUCGCAAUUGUUUGACACAAAUGGCAGCUUCACCUAGCUUCCAAUUCCUUUUUUUCUUUUUUUUUUUUUUCUUCUUCCUUUUUUUUAGUUAUUGUGCUAAACUUAAUGCUGUUCUAACUACAGUGCUGAAUAAGAUUAAUGAGAGGCUGGGGAUCCCCUGGGAUUCAAAAGUAGCACAACCCCGUUCCUCCGAAGCCAUGAGUAGAGUGCGGUGUCUCGCAGAGCUAACACCCGGGUUUGAACCGGCACGGAACUGGGUUGGUAACGCUGGGCUGAGGACUCGCACGCUGGGAAAAGGAGACCUUGAAUGAUGUUAGUUGACUGUACCGUAAUGUUGUAUCAACUGCUUCGAAUGUUUUUGACUUUGAACAACGAGUUUUCUUUUUUCCUUUUUUAUUUUUGGAGUAGUUGAAAAGGCUUAGGUAAAGCUAACAGGCAAUAGGAACAUGUACAUCCAAUUUUUUAAUGUAACAGACUAAAUGUUAAUUGUUCUCUUAUUCUUUUUAUUAUAUUUAGUAGACACUUUUGCAGAAUACUAGUUUUGUUGUGUUUAAAUCACCAACACAUGGUGUUUAAUGAAAGCAGAGCUAUAAUAAAUUUAGUUUUGUUCUGAUUUUUUAUUUUAGAAGUCACAAUAAUGUAUUGGGCUUAGGUGUCACUAGUUUGACUGGUGAUAAUGUUUUGACAUAAAAUAUAUCCAAAAUGUUAUAUAAAAAUAUUGUGUUUUUUUCCUUGAUGGAAUUACGUUUCAACAAAGUUCCAAUUUUUUUGUAUGCAUUUAUUUUAAUAGCAGUGUUUUCUCUGCACUACAUGCAAAAUAUUGAGAAUAAUUUAAUCAGAAAAAUGUAUCGGUAUGGCUUUUGGACUGUAAGUCACAUGCAGAAUCAAAACUGUUUGGCGUAAGACACACAGCAAAAAUAACUCACAGAGUGUGUAACAAAACAUUUUCCUUUUUGUAUACUUUUCUGUUUAUAUUCUGAGCUAAGAUAUAAAUGAAGCUGACAUUUAGCUGUCAUUACGAUCAGUUAGGACAAAAAAAACAACUCAGUGCUACCAAACUGCAAUAAAACAGUUGAAUCCUGGCAUAUACUUUAAAAAAAAUAAUGAAUUGGAUUAACUUACCUUCAAAAGCAGAAUUCAGAUAGCUGAAACUAAGAAGAAAAUAGUAUGUUUGGGUUCAAUACUGAAUUGUAUUUUUUUACAGGCUUAAAACUAACCAGUACUCUAAGUAUUUUACUGAAUUAGUAUGGUAAAAGCGCAAAACCUCAGAAAGCAGCGGUAUUUCUAUGUGUGCACUGGGUAUAAUAUAAAUGCAUCAUUUCCAGUUGAACCUACAGAGGCUUUGUACGUUGUCUUUUCUGACUCCGUGGAGUUCUCCGCAGGGACUGCACACGAGGGGGGGGUCUGCAGGACGUGGUGACACUGACACUAGAUACCGAAUCAGCAAGCACAGAAUUUUCUACGCUUUAUGACCACUAUCAAUGUGCAACUUUUUACAUGUUUUUAGAUACCAAAUACGGUUCUUGGUAAGUAAAAGUUAAUUGUUAAAAUAAUGGCUGUGCCUGGGUUUUGGGGUUGUUUGAAGUUUUUUAACUCAUUUGCUUCUCAAAUAUCUCAAAGACACCCCACCCCAAAUUUACAGAUGGCUUCAAACUUCUUUUUCCCCUUCAGCCAACUGUCUAGAAGUGAAAAAGUUCUCAGCAUAAGCUGCUCUGGUGCAAAAAACUUCAGCACGUCUCUUGGACACAUGCCUUGGUGAUCUUGCGUUUCAAUGUAAAGCUGAGUGAAGCUAUUAAUUAUGCAUUUAAAUCAAGUACUUAUGCUGCUUUACACAAUCUUUUGUAUGUUCAUAAGAUCUCAUACAUUUUUAAUCAUGUGACAAUUAGAUGUUGGGAUGAGGCAAGUGUCUUUUGAUCAUGGAGAAGUAGCGUGGUGGAAGCAUUUAUUUGUCACCUUCGCCUGUAUUUGUUUUUAAUGUUAAUGGAAAAUUUCCUCUUCCUUCUUCUCCAGGAAAGCUUCAGAGCAAUAAUUAUCAUCUUGUCUAUUAGUUAUUCUAACCUUAAAACUGCCUCUAUUAUUAUAGCAGACAUGAUACAUUAAAACUGAGAUCUCUUCUGCAGCGAAGAUUCACUCUGCUUUUCCCAGACAAAAGGACACAGUGCGGAUGAGGCUGACAGCAAAAUUACGACUUCCAACUUGCAUGGCAUCACAAAAUUGUCUUUAGAAAAUAAUUAAUUGAACAGGUGUCAGAUGGUGCAGAGCAAGCGCCUUUCUCCAUCACCUUCUCAGCUUCCAGCAGCACGUGGACAUAAACGGUAACAAAGAUCACGCAAAAAUCAGCGAUCCUGCUCUUCCUCCUGCCUGUCCCCACCUCCCAUCCCAGAUUACACCCACCGUUGAGGUCUCCUUGUCUUCUGAACGUGCUCAUAUCCACCGGUCCCUGCUGGUGGAGACAGACCGCACUGAGAACUGUGUGUGUGUGGCAGGAUUUGUUUCCACCUGGCUCUCCCUUCUGCAGCUUGGGCAGUCUCAGACAUGGAAUGACUGGCAAAAGGGAAGGUGGCAGGGACACGUGGCCACGGAGCAGGACGAAGCAGCACUCAGCAGUUUGAUCAGCAAUCGCCAACAGCAGCUGGGAAGUAAAGCAAUGCUUAACGUGGUCCUUUCCACCAGGGAAAUAACAGGCCUUUUGUUCCCUGCAGACCUAUCUGGCAGUUUUAUACCAUUUGUUAUCUUUUUAGAGCACUGCUGUUGAAGAACAGCAGGAGAAAAUGGCCUCGUGACAGCCAUACACUUCUCCGGGAUGUGCUGAUCCGCAAUAUUUCAGGGCAGCUGAUGGUGCUGGGACUCUGGGAGGGAGAUGCAGGUUCCCUGAGAGCAGCUCAGCAGCAAGAAGCACCUAGUUAACGCACACACAGCCACCAGCGCCAACUGUUCCCAGCCUUGUGAUUUGACCCCUUAGAAUUCUCUACAGAUCCCCCGGAAAUUUAAAAUUUUGCUAAUAAGAGAAAAGAAUUGGGUAAGAGAUUAAUCCCAUGUGGCAUAUAAUCUUAGUAAAUAACCUUCAACCUUGUGCCAGCAAUUUUGUGCUUGCAGUUUGUUGUGAGCAAAAAUAAAAAUCUCUGCCUAAUUGCCUUCAAAACGUAUCUGCAUCUACUGUGCACUGAAGACAAAAACACACCCCCAGUUUGCUCAGAAUCCGAGACUGAGACUGGCCACUUUAAAAACAGUAUGGGAAAAACACUGUUACCUUUCAUUUGGCUAACGGUUUCGAAAUGCUGCGUAAGAGUCGGUAUUUCAUACCCAACUAAACUUCUGCAGUGUUACUUCCACUUGGUUGCCCAAUAAUAAAAUAUUUCAGGCCCCCGAAGAGUAAAUAGCUCACUCAAGUGUAUACAGUAUUCCAGCUAAAUCCACUUUUCAUUUCCUCACCUAAAUCAUAAUAUCCUAUUGGAUUGAGAGAGGAUAUUUUCACCCAUGAGUCGAGACUCACACUGGGCACAGUCUUGGAAUAAAGUGCAGAAAUACACCGAUAAUUUCAUAGAGCUACGAUGCGCCCUCCAGCCUCGCCUCGUGAAUAUGUACUUUAGUUACUAAAAGAAGGUUACAAAGAGAAAAGGCCAACAGUUUGGACCGCUGGUUUCAUAAACGGGUUAAAACUGGAAAUAGGUCAUCCAGCGAGAAGUGCAUAAACUUGCCCUAAUGCCACCGACAAGCUGGGACGUACAUGGUAAAAGGAGCAUCCUUCUGAGUUCAAAACAGGCAUGUCCUUUUGCUUUGUGCUAGCAAGCUUGAAAACAAGGCUGAGGACAACCCAUUGCAAGGGAAUUCCUGAAAUUAAGCGGGAUAAGCAGCUGGGGGCUACUUCUGCAGCAUCUCCACCGCAGCCGAUGCGCUCCGUGUGGGAAGAGGACAAUUCACCGGGAGCAUCUCUUCCUAAUCAUUGUGCCAUCCUGCGAAGCAUCGCGAUGGACGGGUGCCAACGGGCGAGUCGUGGUGGAAAAGCACAUGGGUGUAUGGGACCGGUGCCGGAGGAGCUGUUUCCCACUCCAUCCACCACACUGGGAGUAGCCGGCUGUUGCACAGUGAUCCUGCUCCACGACCCACCACCGAAAUGAACGCCAUGAAUUUCUGUUGCCACUGGAAUUUGCCUUCUCACGCUCACUGCGCCGACAGCACGACCGCCGCAGCCCCAGCGCCCACAGCCAUGGAAACCCCGAGCCCGAAGGGCAUGGUGACUGUGCUACCGUGGAACUUCUUUCCUCAGGAAAACCCAGAGUGCCUGAGCUGGAGACAGCAAACGCUGUUACACACACUCCUUAAAAUACCAGCACUGUAACCCUGAAAAAAAAAUACUACCGCUACCAAAACCCCUAGGUAACGUUUUUUGGCAGUGUUGCACAGAAGUGAAUGUUUUGUGUUUCCCCUGAACUGUCAAUCUUUUGAUCUUCUCCUUUUCUGCGCUUUCCAAUUAUUGCAGCUUUUUUACAUUUGAGGACUGUUACCCACCCACUCCGGUAGGUUUGCUCUGCAGUUGGCCUUUCCCUGGGCUCAUCCUGCCCCGCGCCCUGCUGCCUUCCAAGGGCAAAUCCUGUACAGCCUCGGUCACCACGAGAUCUCCAGAGAUUACCCUAAAGCACUUUUAAUUUGGAUUUGACUUUGCAGCUACCUGCUUUCACCGCUAACCUUUUUACCCUUCACCUAAUUCUUAGCCUGUUUUUCUUUCAGCCACUUCUGUUUGGAGCCCUCAAUUGCUGUUGCCGGUCACUCAGAGUCAGAUGACGGAUGCGAUGGCAUCCCCCGUUAUCCAUGAGCAUUAUGACCCUCUGUUACUUUUUCUACUGGUAUGAAAGCAACAAAAGACUCAUUUUUCUUCCUAGUACGGUAAAGGACAUUUACCAUAAAAUUUGUACUAUUGUAUACUUAUGUCAAGUAGACCAAAGGAAUGCUGAAUCCUAAUAAAAGAGUCGGAACAACAGUUUUUGAAAUACAUGAAAAUAAAUACUUUGGAAAAGCUGGAACUUAUCAUUAAGUAAAACUUUAAAAAGCAAUUAAAUGACUUCAGAGCUUACAUCUCCUUAACUUCAGUGGUAUGUUAGGCGCAAAAUCAGGUAAAUGAGAUUUUUCUCGAGUGCAUCUGGAAGUAUUAACUUUCCUUAAAUUCUGAGCAGCUGUGAAACAUUUGCUGUGGAUUUUAUAACAUGGAUUUUUUUUCAAAAAUCACUUGAAACCAUAAUUUUGAUUUCAGUUAUGGAGGCAGGGUGGAUGGGAUUUAAAUCCUGUCAUCCUCAGUGGAGUUACUGAUUUGCAGUGAUCUAAAUAAGGUCUACAUCUUUAAAAACUGCAGUUCCAGGUUUCUGCUCACAAUUGGAGUAAAAGUUCUUGGCAGAUUUUUUUAAACGGCAGCUUUUCCUACUGCAGCUUAUUCUGCUGGACUAGAUUCCAAGCACGAAUUAACGUAUCAGAAAAGAUCAGGGUGGGGAGGGAAGAAAGAAGAGAGAUCACUGGAGUACUGACUACUUUCGGGUUUGAACGAGAUCAUUUAAUGUGAACAACCCCAAAGACUCCGCAGUGUGUUUAAGGACUACGUGUAACCUAAUAAUGCAGGUCAUUUACAAAUCCACUGCUCUAAAACAUGAGCAAGAGGAAGAGUUCAUACCUCAUUUUUUUGGUUUCAGGCAUGAAAUUACCCUUUUAUCCUUCACGUUCCAUAUGAAGAGUUCUGUAUAAUAAUAAUAAUAAAAAAAGGCUUCUACACCCUAUACGCAAUUACAUGUUUGUCUAUCCCUGCAAACCAAAGCACCCGCAGAGAAUACAGAGGAUGUGCGCCAGCUGCUGCAGCCUGGGAUGAACGCUCGCAGCGGGACCGGGAAGAAACAACCCCAAUCCAUGCGUUUGAGGUUUAAAUGGCGACACGUCAUUCCCAUGCCAUGCCAGGCACCUCUGGAAGUCACAGUAACCAGCAACAAAUUAGGGAUGGAUGCUACCCUUCUGAUAGAAAAUAAAACACAUUGUCACCUAUUUCUGUCAAAAGGCACAGCAGUUUUUGUUGGGGUGGCUCUUAGAGAUCCAUGCUGUGCCCAGAUGCCAAAUACUCUGGUAACGGGUAUGGAUCACAGUGGCUGAAAAUGAAGCAGUGCCUCGACUCUGAGCGUUCCCACGGGAGGGAAGAGACCUUGCUCCUAACAGAGCAACACGAACAUCCUCAGCCUUCGCCUCUGUUGUUGUACCACCAAAACAGAAGAAUUACCCAAUUUCCUCUGAAUUGGAUCAGGAGCUCACUAAUACAGCCAGACAGUCCCCCGGGAAUAGGGCUGGACGCAGCCACACUGCUAGCAGCGUCUCUCUCCACACGAUGUCGAGUGGUCGGGGGGGCUCUGGUCACGUAUGUCCUUGGUGUGGCAUCCCCUUGGCCUUCAAUAAACCUGCAUGUACCUGCUGCCUCCACGCACCGGCACAGUCCUCAGCUGACGUUUUCCAGAGGACAAGCGCUCCCUCCCCACGCUGGGGAGCUCCAGGUAACUUCAGGAGUCAACUGCUCAGUAUUUGGUUCUUUCCUUGCUGCUCGGCUGAGCUCUCCGGUGCCUCAUUUGCAGCAAACCAUCCCUCGGGGGGCUGGUGCUCUUCAGUAUACACUAUUAAAACACUCGGCAAACAUGCAACUGAAUCCAGCUUCAAAAUAUUACUGCAGGAAAAGGAGAACCAUAUAAGCAGAUUAAGGCCAAGAGGUUUGGGUGCCUAAUUUAAUUUCUCUGGACCCUGAGCUUCCCAGAGUAUUUUAUGUUCAAACGCAGCUGCCCUGAAACCUCUACGUAGCCAACGAAGAGGAUGUAAUUCAUAUUGUUCAGAAAUAAAGACCUAGUUUAUCUGACUUGCCUCACAUCCCGGAGGAGCUCUUGUCGGUGGGAGGCCAGGAUCCAUGUCUGGAGAGCGGCAUUCACCCGCCUGAAACCUGAAAACAUCCUUGUCCCACGCAUUGCAGCCCCGCGCUCCCUGGGCACCUUUCAGCUUUGAGACACGAAGCAGAGAGCCAGCAGACACGAGAGCAGACCCUUUUCCAUGCAGACUCGAUUUAUACCUCAGGCAGGUCUACUGGGAACAAACCCAUCUGGAAAAGCUGCGAUGCCAUGCUGUAAUGGGAUGAUGACAUACGACACUCAUGCAUUAGCGAACGGUAGAGAAACGAUGCUUACACAGCCUGCCACUAGCGUUUGCUUCCAGUGCGACUUUGAUAAUUUAAUAAUUAUCCUUUUUGGUUUGAUUUUUUGUUUAAUAUACACAGACAAGUGCUGAAGAGAGAUGAGGCGCUGGUCAGCAGAUUUCACAGACAAAAAUCGCAGAAAACCAGCAACAUGCAGGACUUGACAAGUAUGCUUUAGGGACCACUCUUACACACUCUCCCACCCUGGCCACAGUCCACUCCUGUCCUUUCUAUGCCUCUCCCCUUCUUCUCUCCAAGUCACAGUCCACCAGCAGCCAGGCCCAGUCCCCUUACCCAGCCCGUUGCUUUCCGUCCAAGUCUUCUCAGACCACCGUCCACCAUUUCCCCUUCUCUGUCCUCCCUCCUGCAUGCCAGGCACUCUCUCCUGAUGAUGAUCCACAGCAACAGAAAUAUUUCUCUUGUUUAAAGGAGGGUGGGAUGGGAAUACAUCACCCUGUCAUGAGGUAGCCAGAAGGAUGUAGCUCCUGCACCACAAGUGAUAAGCUAGUGAGCGUGAGAAUAAGCUGAAGGUCACAAAAUGUGGACAUAACGUUUAACGUUCCAUAAACGGAAUAACAAAAUACUUCUGAUUUCUAUGAAGAAAAUGUCUCUAAAAGAAAUCUGCCUCAAUUUCUAGAAAGACACUCUAGAUAUUCUCAGUAAGUUUGUUAAAGGAAAGAACUGUUAAAGGAGCGGGUCCUAACCCAGAACAGUAUCUACAGCAAUACCUUGGUACAUCAGAGCCAUUUGUGACAGGCAGAUGUAACACUGGGUUCUAACUACUUUAUACAGCCCCUUCGGAUUUCUGAGGAUAUCUCAGCGUGUGUAGGCAAGACUCCAUUCCGAUGGAAAUAAGCAGAAACUAAAAAAUGCAUGGUAGUGGCAAGACAUGCCUUUCACCAUGUAGUCACUGGCAGGAAAAACAAAAAGCAAGUCGGGGGUACGUCCCUACUCCCACUCUGCCUUUCCUGCUUCCAUCUCCCCAGAAUGGGUUACACAUGCAGCAGAUUAUUAUCAAUUUUUAGUGUUUCUCUCUCCUUUGCUUAAACAAAACAUGGUUCUUCUGACAUGGCUUUGUAGAAAAAGGUAUCAAUUAAUUUAUUACUGACAAUAACAUCUCACUGGUUGGACUCAUCUCACCAGUUUAACAAACUUCUGCCAGUUUUUGUAGGAAACAGUGUCAUAAUCUAAGUGCAGGCUAAACCAGCGCCUAAUAGUCUGCUGAUCAAAAUACACAAGAAAGGAGGAAAAUCACAGUACGAGCAUCUGCACAGCCUCGUAUUUGUACAAUUACUGAACAAUGCUUAGCCUGCGAGCGAAGGCCGGGAGAGCACACAGCUGUUCCUCCCCUACUCCUCCUCUGCUGCCGAAGGGGGAGCAGAAACAUCAGACACAGCAACUUUUCAAGAUUGACCUAAAGGUAUCUCGGAGAACAAUUACACGAAGGUGCAGAUGUUUAAGUGCGUUGCUGAGCAGCACUUCCAAUGAGCUUCUUCAAUGGCAAGAGCUAUUUAAGGCCAUUUGCAAGUCCCUAAACAGCAGAUUAAAAUUGGUUUUAUGGAAAAUGAUGUCGUUAGCAGUUAUUGUGCUGCUCCCUAUCCUCCCCUAGUGUGAAGUUUUACCGUCACACAUCACAUGGGAGUAAUGUUAGAGAAGUGGUUUCCCUGGCUUCCAAGUUCUUCCAUGUCAAGGCUGAAGCUGAUAGUGGAACUAUGAACGUUCAAGGUUAUCAGCCACAACGAACUUUUCCCGAACUAAGUUUAUCAGAAAAGACUGGGAGUUAUGCUCCAGCUUCAGUUGUAUUUUAAUGGAGUCUCGACACCUAAUUUCCUUUGGAACAAUUUGAAAAUCUCAUCUCAAAAGAGUUUUCAGUGCAUUCGCUUUCCCCAGUGAUUCAUUCUCCUUCACAUAAUUGUACGAAUUGAACUUAUGCAAGGUCUCAGAUCCUUAUCUUCCUCAAGUCAAUAAGAACUGUACUAGUUCUAUAGGUAAUAGUUCAUUUCCACAGCCUUCUUGAACUGCCUUUGAGAAUUUGUACAGGAGACUGCCUCGAUAGACAGAGACUGGGGAAAACGCAGCAGAAAAUGUAACAAAACAAGACAUUACAGACCAGGCACAAGUGCACAUUCUUUCUUUCUAAUCCUUUCCUGUUUUCCUCUCCUGUUUCUUUCUUCUCUUUUCUCUUUAAAAAACUUUAUUCUGUUUUUGCUGGGAUGUACCACUGCCUAAGUUUGUCCUGCGAAGGCCUACGCUGAUCUUUGCCUAGCAAGCAGAAACAAAAAGCUAAAUGAAAACAUUAUCCAUACUUCACUCAUGCCGACAGCCUUUUUUGUUAAUGUAAUUACAAUAAAAAUUCAUACUCUGAGCAAAGAAAUUCUAUAAAAGCAUUUUGAAUAUAUGUCUUAGACAAAGGUUGUGUGAACAAAUUUUUUUAUAUCAUUCCCUAAUUCUGUUCAUCGCCCUAUUCCCUGUGUUUGAUCAAAAUAUACUUUGACUAUAGCACAGCUACUGCACGUUGACUCUCAUUCCCUGCGAAAGACAGCACAUAAUUCUACUUCAAAGUAACGCCGGCGCUGGCGAGCGUCAGGCUGAAGGCACAGCUCUGUCCUUCCUCGCUCUGCUGCGGUAAAGACGACUGUAUCUUGUCUCUAUUAAAGAUCCGCAGCAAGACAAACACUCUGCUUAUCCUGGCAUAAGGAACGUGACCUUAUGUCAAUAAAGGCAAGGAGCCUUUUUCUCCUCUGACACACUGAGAACAGAGCAGCUUCGCAAAUCUUUCACUUGACUCUACACUCACAUUUAUCCAG